UUCCAUCCUGAUCAAAUGCUUCAUUCACUCCAAUAUUUUGCAUAAUCUCAUCAUUCCCUAUCAAUUUACCUCCGGAAAUUCUCUCAAUUCUCUGCAUAUUUCUUCAUUUUCGCAUGUUUGAUUUCAAUUAGCGCCAAAUUCGAACUGCAAAAUAGGCAAAGAAAUGUCAUCAUCAUCGAAAUCGAUGCUGACGCCGCCGCAGAAACACUCGGCGUCAGCACUCUUUGCGAUGGCCUUGAACCAGGCGCAGAUCCACCAGACUCAGCCACUCGGCCUUCCCGCCUCCGCCGAUGACGGCACUCCGUCGCUGCUGUGGGGCAAUCGAUCCUCCGCCCUCCUUCAACCUGUCUUCAAGUUUUUUGAAAUUGAUAGCAAAUCAUGGGGUGGGCUGGAGGACUCUGCUGGAUCUUCACCAGCAAAGAAUCAUGGAGCUUUCCUAAGGUUACUUGCGGAGGAAAGUGGUAAUGUGCCAUCAGAAGUUGCUAAGAAUGUAACUGCUCUAGUCGACGCUGUCGAUGCUAUGUCUUCGAAAUUGGAAUUAUCGCCUGCAGACCAUGACUCCAGAAAGGAAAGACGACUAAAGUAUGAGUAUUCGUGUCGGGAGAAGUUUUCAGCCCCGGAGGAAACUCAAGAAUCGAAACCAGAAGAGAGGGGUCCAUCUGAUGUUUCUCAGCUGGAGAAAGAUGUUGCUACAUCUAAAUCAGAGCAAGCGGUCAGAAAAAAUAUCAUUGAAUCAGAUGGAAGGCCAAUGGAAGAGGCAGAAAUAGUUAGUUACCAGACGAAGGUUUUGGUUCUUUAUGAGCUUCUUUCAGCUUGUCUGGCAGAUCUGCCUGAAGAUAACGAAAAGUCCGCCAAAAGAAGAAAGGGCUAUGAUUCCAGACAUCGUGUAGCAUUGAGGUUGCUGGCAACAUGGUUUGAUGUCAAAUGGAUAAAAAUGGAAUCAAUUGAAAUUAUGGUUGCUUGUACUGCGAUGGCAAUUUUGAAAGAGGAGGAAUCCAAAGAAGACGGAAAUUCCACAGACACCUCGUGGGAGAAGUGGAAACGUGGAGGCAUCAUUGGUGCUGCUGCACUAACAGGAGGUACCUUGAUGGCAAUUACUGGAGGUUUAGCUGCUCCAGCAAUUGCAGCUGGGUUCGGUGCUUUAGCACCAGCAUUAGGGACCAUUAUACCUGUUAUUGGGGCAGGUGGGUUUGCAGCAGUAGCUACUGCUGCUGGAAGCGUUGCGGGUUCUGUGGCUGUUGCAGCUUCCUUUGGAGCGGCUGGAGCCGGACUAACAGGUACCAAAGUGGCUAGGAGAAUUGGUGAUGUUAAAGAAUUUGAGUUCAAAACAAUAGGGGAUAACCAUAAUCAAGGGCGACUUGCUGUUGAGAUCUUAAUAUCAGGAUUCGUUUUUGAGGAAGAAGACUUUUUGAGACCUUGGGAAGCACAACAUGAAAACUUGGAAAGGUACGCACUGCAGUGGGAGUCGGAGCAUCUAAUUGCUGUCAGCACUGCUAUUCAAGACUGGCUUACUUCAAAAAUCGCCAUGGAAUUGAUGAAACAAGGUGCCAUGAUGACUGUAUUAAGCACCCUUAUGACAGCACUGGCAUGGCCAGCAGCAUUGCUUUCUCUUACUAGUUUUAUCGAUAGCAGUUGGGCAAUUGCCAUAGACAGAUCCGAUAAGGCAGGAAAAAUGCUGGCAGAAGUGUUACUGAAAGGUUUGCAAGGCCACAGGCCUGUGACUCUCGUGGGUUUCUCAUUAGGAGCGAGAGUGAUUCUGAGUUGCCUUGAGACUUUGGCUGAAAGUGAAAGUAAUGCUGGGCUCGUGGAAAGAGUUGUUCUUCUUGGAGCUCCCAUAGCUAUUAAAGACACAAACUGGGAAGCUACUCGAAAGAUGGUGGCUGGGAGAUACAUCAAUGUAUAUUCAACAAAUGAUUGGAUGCUCGGAAUGGCAUUUCGUGCCAAUCUCCUUACAAGAGGAUUGGCCGGAAUUCAGCCGGUUGAUGUCCCAGGCAUUGAAAAUGUGGACGCGACUGAAUUUAUUGAUGGGCACUCGUCUUAUCUAUGGCGCACGCAGCAGAUCCUAGAACAGCUCGUGCUGGAUACUUAUUACCCUGUUUUCAACCGAGAAGAUGUGAAACCAUAGAGAUUGGCACUCAUUAUUCCACCUUCAGAAUCAGGAUAGAGCUGUGGACGAUGACAGCAUUGAUCCUCGAAUUGGAGCUGAUCCGUCGACUGCAUGUAGAUACAAUAGAGAAUUUUUAGUUAGUGAAUUACUUGUUAGAGGCUGUUAUUAGAUACAAACAUCUACUCCUAGUGUUCUUUGUCACUUCUUGCUUUCAAAUUGUGGCCUUAGGUAGACUUGAAUCUUAUAUUACUUUCACUUCUUCC